AGAAUUACACUAAUUUAAAGAAGGCCAGUGGAGUGUAGCCAUGCCGGCCCAAAGCCCUAUAUGUUUCCCGGUGAAUACUUGGCCCAUCCAACUAGAAUCCGCUUCCGGAUUCACCAGCUUCUCAACUCUGCAGCGAUGGCAAUGGAGGAAUCUCUUCGCAUUCAAACACUCGACCGAGUCCCGUCCGCAGAAGAGUUUGAAUUCCAGAUUGAACCGAAGAAUGUUCCAGCUGUUUUCCGAGGAUGCGUCAAGUACUGGAAGGCUUUAUCCAACUGGAAUCCCUCCAAUGGCGGCCUCUCUUAUUUGCAGGAACGUGUUGGAUCAUCUGUUGUGGAAGUGAUGCUGUCCAGAUCUCCACCAGUCUUUUAUGGUGACAUUAGAAGUCACGAAAGGGUUCCAUUGCCAUUCUCAACCUUCAUUGGAUUUUGCAUGGAUCAUCUGCGCAAUAAGGAAGAUGAAGAAGAUAAUCCUUGUCACUCUGAUAAGAAUAGGUUGGAAAUGCCUGGCAGUGAGCAAACUGAUUGUGAUGUAACAGAGGCUCAGCAAUUUUAUCUAGCUCAGGUUCCAAUACUGAAUGCUGAGAACGAAGAGGCCAUACGGUUGAAGUGUUUACUUGAAGACAUUGAUAUAGUGCGUGGGUUGCUUCUCGGCAUCUAUGUACUCUUGUAGUUCUGAGCCCACAUUAGUAUGAUUUAUGUUAUUUUCAUUUUUCUUUAGAAUAUCUCUAGAAAUGAUUACUUUCGGCACAGCCUGAGUUUUUGCAGACAAAAAGCAUCAGUUCCAUCAAUUUGUGGAUGAAUAGUGCUAAGACUAGAUCAAGCACUCACUAUGAUCCACACAACAAUCUUUUAUGCGUAGUUUCUGGAUGUAAACAAGUUUCUUUAUGGCCACCUUCUGCAAGCCUCUACUUAUAUCCACUGCCUUUAUAUGGGGAAGCAUCAAACCACAGUGCGGUUACAUUAGGAAAUCCAGACCUGUCAAUGUACCCAAGGGCAAAAUAUUUGAACAAGCAUUCCCAGAUGGUUGUUCUUCAUGCUAGUGAUGUGCUUUUCAUUCCUGAAGGAUGGUUUCACCAAGUCGACAGUGAAGAUUUCACAAUUGCUGUUAACUUUUGGUGGCGAUCAAAGAUAAUGUCUAGUAUGUUGCAGCACAUGGAUGCAUAUUAUAUGCGAAGAAUAUUGAAAAGG